GGGCGGGGCUUUGGAGGACCAUGGCGGGUGAGCUUGAGAGCUGCAAGUCUCUGAACGGGCUGCUGGUUGGCAUUGCCCAGGACGCUUUCCACGGGCACCCGGGCAUCACGGAGGAGCUGCUGAGGAGCCAGCUCUAUCCGGAGGUGCCUCCGGAGGAGUUUCGCCCCUUUCUGGCGAAGAUGAGGGGCAUUCUUAAGUCAAUUGCAUCUGCAGACAUGGAUUUCAACCAGCUGGAGGCAUACUUGACUGCUCAAACUAAAAAGCAAGGUGGGAUCACUUCUGAACAAGCUGGUGUCAUUUCAAAGUUCUGGAAGAGCCACAAGACAAAAAUUAGAGAGAGCCUCAUGAACCAGAGCCGCUGGGAUCAUGGGCUUCGGGGCCUGAGCUGGAGAGUUGAUGGCAAGUCUCAGUCAAGGCACUCAAGUCAAAUACACACUCCUGUCGCCAUAAUAGAGCUGGAAUUAGGAAAAAAUGGACAGGAACCUGAAUUCCUAUGUUUGGAAUUUGAUGAGGUCAAGGUCAACCAAAUCCUGAAGAAGUUGUCAGAGGUAGAAGAAAGCAUCAGCACACUGAUGCAGCCGGCGUAACUGAAGAUGACGCAGGAAGGAGUUGGAGCUGUUGAAGGUGUUCAUGAUUCUUCCCCAUUGGCUCUUUUUUUUUAAAUCUUGUUUCCCCACUGGCAUUAAAUCUUCAAAUUCAAA